UUCGCCCGGUGCCGCGGGCGGCCAUCUUGGCGGCUGAGGCGGCGGCGGCGGCGGCGGCGGCGGUCCCGGUCCCCGUCCCGGCCUGCGCGGUGCGGUCUCCGGCGCGGGCCCCGCUCCUCGCUCCCUGCUCCGGCCUCCACCACGGCGAGCCCGAGCGCGGCGGCGGGGAGAGAUGAGCAGCAACAGCAGUAAGAGAGCCCCCACCACAGCAACGCAGAGGCUGAAGCAGGACUAUCUUCGGAUUAAGAAAGACCCGGUGCCUUACAUCUGUGCCGAGCCCCUCCCUUCCAACAUCCUUGAGUGGCACUAUGUGGUCCGAGGUCCUGAGCUGACUCCUUAUGAAGGUGGCUAUUAUCAUGGAAAACUAAUUUUCCCCAGAGAAUUUCCUUUUAAACCUCCUAGUAUUUAUAUGAUAACUCCCAAUGGAAGAUUUAAGUGCAACACGAGGCUGUGUCUUUCUAUCACGGAUUUCCACCCAGACACAUGGAACCCGGCCUGGUCUGUCUCCACCAUCCUGACUGGGCUCCUGAGCUUCAUGGUGGAAAAGGGGCCAACCCUGGGCAGUAUAGAGACCUCGGACUUUACGAAAAGACAACUGGCUGCACAGAGUUUAGCAUUUAACUUAAAAGACAAAGUCUUCUGUGAAUUAUUUCCUGAAGUCGUGGAGGAAAUCAAACAGAAACAGAAGGCGCAAGACGAACUCAGCAAUAGACCCCAGACUCUCCCCUUGCCAGAUGUGGUGCCUGACGGGGAAGCACACCUCGGCCAGAAUGGGCUCCCACUACUCAAUGGGCACGCGCCGGGGGCCGGGCCCAACGUCGCGGGCCUCCAGCAGGCCAACCGGCACCACGGACUCCUGGGUGGUGCCCUCGCGAACUUGUUUGUCAUAGUUGGGUUUGCAGCCUUUGCCUACACGGUCAAAUACGUUCUGAGAAGCAUCGCGCAGGAGUGAGCCACAGCCAUCACCGGCAGAGGCGGAGACGAGGGACGCUAGCCCCAAGCGGGGCAUGGACUGGCGAGCUCAGGGCUGACCCACCUGGCUCCGGGGCUCAGCUCUUUAGAGACCUUUAAGGGAAACAAAACCCAAGUGUGUCAUUUGGAUUUGGAGGCGUGAAUGCCCGUCCUCUGCCCUAGGGCUGGGGGCCGCACAGCCUGACCAUCCACGCAGAAGGGGCCUCACACUUGGGUUUUCUAGCUUAUCUCUGUAUUGUCCUUUGGACCCGUUUUAGUAAACCUGUUUUUCAUUUUAUUAGAUUUGGUCACUUACAAAUACAAAACUAUGCCUGUUGCACCACUGCCUGCGUUCUUGGAUGGAACGCCGGCCGCAGGCCGAAGGGGCUCCACUGACCAGUGGCACGGGCAGGGCCCGGUGAGGUGGGAUGAAACAGAUUACUUCUGGAGGGUUCCCUCCCACAAGAGAUCUCCAACCUGCUCGCUUAGACCACAGGGUGGCGCCUUCCCUUCGAGAAGCUCAGCCAAGCUGAGCCCAAAAGCUGCUGGCCGGGCAGUGUGGGGUGGUCCUCCGGAGCCCCGGGGCCUGCCCUGAGCUCACGCCCACUUGGCCCAGAUCCCCACGAAUCCCUUCCUACUUGGGAGAGGGUAGAGACUCAGCCCACGGGUUUUGUGUGCUUUGAGUCCUGGUCUUUGCUUUUGAGACGGCCGACAUGCCCCUUCUCACAGCUGCUCUUCCUGGGGGUGGGGGUGGGGCCCUGGAGAGCCCUGCGACCUGGAGUACAGGAUCCCACUGCCCACCUGCUGUUCGUCUGCUGAAGGAUCGUGCUGCACCUGGGUGGGGAGGGCGGGCAAGAGGCCUGGUCCUCACCCCCAUGCUGGCAGAAGGAUGCCAGGCAGCUCAUGUGUUUGUACAUCUUUGACUUUGUUUUUUGAUCAAUUUAUUUAAAAUUCCUCUAUGAUUUACCACUUGUAUGUAUUUAACCUACUCUUGUGGAAACAAAAACCUUUCAUUAUA